CUGUCGUCUGCUCGACCGUGUACAGCAUGAUCUGUUCUGUCUCUCUAGGUUUCUGACCUGAGUUUCACCAUAGCGUUUCGGGCGAAGAUAAGCCAACCCAUCUUUCGAAAACAUUUAUUUACAAUGAAUCUCACUUGGAGGAGUUCCUCCAUCCUCCCCCGGACGAGUCGGUUUUACCAGAAAUCCUUUCGUGUUGUGUCCACGGAGAGCCGGAAAGAGUCGGCUCAACAAGAACAGGAGGUAACCCACGAUCAGCAGAGAGAUCCUGUCUUGUCCGAAGAAAAGAAAGCGAGGGCUCCUUUCCUCAAGAACCUGUUCCUUGGACGCUUCGACAAGGACGUGUUGGGUUUCCCUGAGUUAAAUAAAGCCAGGCAGAAGAAUUUCAAUGCGGCCAUUGCCCCUGCGCUCAAAAGCCUCAUGGAUGCAGUUGAUCCCAGGCGGACAGAUGCAGAAGGAACUGUGCCGGACUCUGUACUCAAGGAGCUAAAGAACCAGAGGAUACUUGGUGGUACUGUCAGUGAAGAUUAUGGAGGCCUUGGAUUGAAUGCUAUGGAACAAUGCUUGGUGGCUGAGUUUACAGGGUCAGAUGCAUCAGUGGCUGGAAUUGUUAAUGCAAGCAACAAUAUGGUCAUCCAGGUCCUCUUUCCUAAUUCCAUUUCUGCAGUGAAUAAAUAUGGGAGUGCUGAGAUAAAACAGAAAUAUCUACCUCGCUUAGCAUCAGGUCAGUUGACAGCUGCAUGGUGUCUUACAGAAGAGACAGGUGGCAGUGACACAACCAUGUUGAAUGCUCGGGCUGCCAAAACAUUGGAUGGAAAGUUCUUUGAUGUUACUGGUAAGAAGAUAUGGGUCAUCAAUGCUGAGAAAGCUGAUCUCUUCCUGGUGUUUGUCCGUAUCCAGGACAAAGAUGAACUCCACAAUCCCUGUGAUAUCACAUCAGCAAUCCUGGUGGAAAAAAGUGAAGCAGUGGCUUUGAGCCCAUGCCCUUCCGCUGGCUUACGAGGUGCUGGAAUACAGAAUAUCACCUUCAAUAAAGCUCAUGUCCCAGUAGAACACCUUUUGGGUGAUACUCUCGAUGGGAAUGAGAUUGCCUUUGAAACCCUUGCAAACUUCCGGUGUGCAUCUGCUGCACAAGUUGCAGCAACAAUGAGAGGCCUCUUAACAAAGACAAUAAGACACUGCAUUGACCGCAUGGCAUUUGGGCAGACAGUCGCAGACUUUGACAUGGUUCGGGAGCAUCUUGGAAAGUUAGCUGUGUGGACAUAUGCAGUUGAAAGUAUGGCUUACCUCACUGCCGGGAUGACUGACUCUGGAGAAUACCCAGAUACUCAAAUGGAGUGUGCUGCUACCAAAGUGUUCAGUUCAGAAAAAAUGUGGUCCUGCUUGUCAGAAUGCCUAGUUCUCUUGGGUAGCAAGAGCUGCUCACCCAAGGAAGGUUAUGAACAGUACCUAAGAGACUCAUACUGUCACCAUCACCACGGUGGAGCAAAUGACAUUCUUCGUCUGUAUAUCGGACUGAAAGGAUUGGAGUAUGCAGGGAAGGAAAUGCAAGCUCUGGUCAAGGUGAUGAGGCACCCUUAUGAUAAUCCAUCAAUUUACAUGAAGAAGAAUUUUCGUGGCUUAUGGGAGUCCAUACGAUUUAAUAAAGACAACAUCAAGCUCAAAAUGCAUCUCUAUGGCCACAUUCAUCCCACACUGAAGCACAUUUCUUUGCAGCCAGAGGCAGAAAUAUUGGAACGCCUGGUGCUUCGAUUCCCAGUAGUAAUUGAACAUGUAUUGAUUGAGCAUGGAGCAUAUAUCCCACAGAGACAGAUGCUGCUAAGACGUAUGGCUGACUGCAUAAUUUAUCUACAUGCCCUCACAGCUGUCCUGGCACGGGCCUCCAGAUCCUAUUGCAUUGGGUUAAGACAUGCAAAUGUUGAG